CGAUGCCUUUUUCCUCUGUUUCUCUGAAAUGCUAAUGGUGGGAAUGCACAUUUGAUUUAAGGGUCAAUUGGUUUAUUUCUGUUGGGGUUUUUCACUGCAAAAUUUCGUGAUCCGGGUCUGUGUUCUUAUGGUUCGGCUCUUAAUUUGAUGGCGAAAUAAACCCCGCAGGGUCUUAGAUUUAGGCUCUCUUUUGCAGUUUUGUGGGGUUUUUUUUUUCUCUUUGAAACUUGGGUUUGAUGCAUCAUUCACUAUGGAAGCCUCUAUCUCACUGUGCUGCUUUGAUUAUGGAUAAGAAGAGUAGAAGAAAAGAUGGGUCUGAUUCAGCGAUGGAUUUGAAGAAACACAAAUUGAUUCUUCGAAAACUUGAAGAACACAAGCUUAGAGAAGCUCUUGAAGAAGCUUCUGAAGAUGGGUUUCUCUUCAAAUCGCAAGAUGUGGGCUCUGAGCCACUGCCCAACGAAGAUAGCAAUGGCUUGGGCCGAUCUCGAUCGCUUGCUAGACUUCAAGCUCAGCGGGAAUUUCUCAAGGCCACAGCCAUGGCAGCCGAUCGUACAUAUGAAUCUGAUGAUGCCAUUCCUGAUCUUCAUGAAGCUUUCACCAAGUUUCUUACAAUGUACCCGAAGUAUAAGUCAUCAGAGAAGAUUGAUCAUCUUCGUUCGAAUGAAUAUUCGCAUUUGCUUAAGGUAUGUCUUGAUUACUGUGGAUUUGGGUUGUUUUCAUAUGUUCAGAGUCUUCAUACUUGGGAGUCUUCUACUUUUAGUUUGUCUGAAAUUGCUGCAAAUUUGAGUAAUCAAGCUCUUUAUGGUGGUGCUGAUAGAGGGACUGUAGAACAUGAUAUAAAGAGUAGGAUUAUGGAUCAUUUGAACAUUCCUGAGCAUGAAUAUGGGCUUGUUUUUACUGUUAGUAGAGGGUCUGCUUUCAAAUUGUUGGCUGAAUCAUAUCCUUUUCAUACCAAUAAGAAAUUGUUGACUAUGUUUGAUUAUGAGAGUCAAUCUGUGAAUUGGAUGGCUCAAUGUGCUCGAGACAAGGGUGCUAAGGCCUAUAAUGCUUGGUUUAAAUGGCCAACUUUGAAACUCUGCUCAACUGACUUGAGGAAACAGAUAACAAUCAAGCGAAGGAAGAAGAAGGAUUCUGUUGGUUUAUUUGUGUUUCCAGUUCAAUCUAGAGUGACUGGUGCUAAGUACUCAUACCAAUGGAUGGCUCUGGCACAGCAGAACAAUUGGCAUGUUUUGCUUGAUGCUGGGUCAUUAGGUCCAAAGGACAUGGAUUCUCUUGGUUUAUCGCUUUUUCGACCAGAUUUUAUCAUCACGUCGUUUUAUAGGGUUUUUGGGUAUGAUCCUACUGGUUUUGGAUGUCUUCUGAUCAAGAGAUCAGUGAUGGGAAGCUUACAAACUCGGUCCGGGGUUACUGGCUCUGGAAUGGUGAAGAUAAUCCCGGAGUAUCCCAUGUAUCUGAGUGACUCGAUGGAUGAUCUUGAUGGAUUAGGACGGUUUGAACAUGAAGAAGUUGCAGGGGUUGUGGAGAAAACAUCCGAAACUCGUCCGGGAUUGCAACUUCCUGCUUUCUCAGGUGCCUUCACGUCUGUUCAGGUGAGGGAUGUUUUUGAAGCAGAGAUGGAUCAUGAUAACAGCUCUGAUAGAGAAGGAACAAGCACCAUACUUGAGGAAAGUGAGACUAUUUCUUUAGGGGAUGUGAUGAAGAGCCCGGUAUUCAGUGAAGAUGAAUCUUCGGAUUGUUCGAUUUGGAUCGACUUAGGUCAGAGUCCGGUAGGAUCUGAUAAUGCAGGUCCCUUGCCUCAGUAUUGGUUAAAAGGGAAGAAGAAGAACCUAGUCUCACAUAAGCCAACUUCUAAGAUCCAUAGUGAUCCGACUUACGACAAUGCUGAAGAUUUGAACUUAGGGCCCUAUGACGAGUACCAUACGCUAUCCUUUGAUGGCAUUGAGGAAGUUCACGGAGAGCUACGUGCAGAAACAAGGGCCACAUCGGCUAAUAACAGGGCCAUUACAGAGAUCCACAAAGUCACAGAAACAGGGAAACUGCUUUCCAAUGGUUAUUCAAUAAACUCAGCAUUGAACAAUGAAUUUUAUCAUGGACAGGACGAUGGAACGAUGUCGGAACUAUGUUCGGAGAUGAAGGAGAGUGCGAUUAGAAGGGAAACAGAAGGUGAAUUCAGGUUGUUAGGGAGAAGGGAAGGAAGCAAGCAUGUUGGAGGAAGAUUUUUUGGGUUGGAAGAGACUAAUUUGCAAGGCCUAGAAAGAGAAGUUUAUUCUAGGAUGGAAGAGAGUGGGAAGGAGCUUCAUAACAUCGAGACUGGAGAAGGCUCGGUGACGAGCCUCGAUGAUGAAGAUUAUACUAGCAACGGAGAAUAUGACGACGAGGAAGAGUGGAACAGGAGGGAACCCAAGAUUAUAUGUCGACAUCUCGAUCACAUAAAUAUGUUAGGAUUGAACAAGACAACACUUCGACUUCGGUUUCUGAUAAAUUGGCUCGUCACAUCGUUGCUUCAACUAAAGUUUCCGGGUUUGGAAGGAAGCAACAAAGUGAACCUAGUUCAGAUUUAUGGACCAAAGAUAAAAUAUGAAAGGGGAGCAGCAGUAGCUUUCAAUGUGAGAGACAGAAACAAGGGACUAAUCAAUCCAGAAUUUGUUCAGAAGCUAGCUGAAAGAGAUGGCAUAUCUCUUGGCCUUGGAUUCCUCAGUCACAUUCGUGUUUUGGACAACCCGAGACGGCAACGUGGCGUUUUAAACCUUGAAGAUUCAUCCCUGUGCAGACAAGCCAGAAAUCGGAGGCAUGGGAAACACGGGUUUGCACGGCUCGAGGUCGUAACAGCUUCGUUGGGAUUCUUGACGAACUUCGAAGACAUUUACAAACUGUGGGCAUUUGUGGCGAAGUUUUUAGAUGCUUCAUUUGUGAAAGAGGGAACACUUGCUCCUGUUGAAGAAGGUUCUGAAACAACCUGAAUCUGUUCAUCUGUUCAUAGUGUUUGGAGAAGAUAGGAAUUGUUUGAAAUUGUAAUGUGUUUGGAUUCAAUUUAUGUUUAUAAUUGGUUAGAUUUAGAUUGUGUCUCCUUGUGAGCUCUGGAAAUCUGGAAAGUUGAAUAUAUAUUGCCCCUAUG